GGCGUGAAAGGAGAUGUGGGACCGAUGGGCUUACCCGGACCUAUGGGAAUGAAGGGCGAGUCGGCGUCCGUCACCACUGAUCUCAUGGUGAAUUUGGACCACGAGGAGAAAAGGGUGAACCAGGCCUUCCUGGCACUGAUGGCAUACCCGGCUUACCGGGUCCAAUCGGUCCAAUUGGAAAUGCGGGCAAAGCCGGCCGUAGAGGCGAGAAGGGCUCUAUCGGAGAGAAGGGUGAAAGAGGAGAUCAGGGGUAAGUGUCAGUACGCGAUAGACACGAUACAGAGCGCUGUCCACCGCACCGACCACUCUAUACCCACUAUUGAGUAG